GGGUUUGAUGACCUUCACGUGUGUGCGGACCCCGGCGUCCCCGAGAAUGGCUUCAGGACCCCCAGUGGUGGAGGGGUUUUCUUCGAAAGCUCUGUAACCCGAUUUCACUGCCAAGACGGAUUCAAGCUGAAGGGCUCUCCAAAGAGACUGUGCAUGAAGUACUUCAAUGGAACCCUGGGCUGGGUCCCAAGUGACAAACCCGUCUGCGUGCCAGAAGAUUGCCGCAUCCCUCAAAUUGAAGAUGCCGAGAUCCAAAACAAGACAUACAGACGCGGAGAUAAGUUGAUCAUCACUUGUCAUGAAGGAUAUAAGAUCCGUUACCCCGACCUGUACAACACGGUGUCGUCGUGUCGCGAUGACGGGAAGUGGGACAAUCUGCCCGUCUGUCAAGGCUGCCUGAGGCCGCUGGCCUCCUCCAACGGCUACGUGAACAUCUCCGAGUUCCAGACCUCCUUCCCCGUGGGGACUGUCAUCGCCUAUCGCUGCUUCCCCGGGUUCAAACGCGACGGCUCUCAGUACAUCGAGUGCUUGCACAACCUUGUCUGGUCGUCCGGCCCACCCCGGUGCCUGGCUCUGGAAGUCUGCCCGCUGCCUCCGACGGUGAGUCACGGGGACUUCAUCUGCCACCCGCGGCCCUGCGAGCGCUACAGCCACGGCACCGUGGUGGAGUUCUACUGCAACCCGGGCUACGGCCUCACCAGCGACUACAAGUACAUCACCUGCCAGUACGGGGAGUGGUUCCCCUCCUACCAAGUGUACUGCAUCAAAUCAGAGCAAACGUGGCCCGGCACCCACGAGACCCUCCUGACCACGUGGAAGAUCGUGGCCUUCACGGCCACCAGCGUGCUGCUGGUGCUGCUGCUCGUCAUCCUGGCCAGGAUGUUCCAGACCAAGUUCAAGGCCCACUUCCCGCCCAGGGGGCCUCCCCGGAGCUCCAGCAGCGACCCCGACUUCGUGGUGGUGGACGGCGUGCCGGUCAUGCUCCCGUCCUACGACGAGGCUGUGAGCGGCGGCUUGAGUGCCUUAGGCCCCGGCUACCUGGGCUCGGGGGGCCAGGGCUGCCCCUUACCCGCGGACGACCAGAGCCCCCCGGCGUACCCCGGCUCGGGGGACACGGACACAGGCCCCGGGGAGUCAGGAACCUGUGACAGUGUCUCCGGCUCAUCGGAGCUGAUGCGGAGUCUGUAUUCCCCUCCCACGUGCCAGGAGGACGCCCACCCCGGGCCCGACCACCCUGACGCCAUCGCGAGCACGGCCGGGGAGGCGGCGUCCACCAGCCCGGGCAUCGACAUCGCAGACGAGAUCCCCUUAAUGGAAGAAGGUCCCUAACGGGGCAAAAUCAUGGUGAUUCUGCGGCUCCUGUGGGAAAAGAGACCCUGUGGCUCGAGGGCGGCCACGGAAGGACUGAGCGUGGGGCAGAGUUUCUAGUUUACCUGCACGGGGACAGUGAUUCUCAUCCCACGUCUCGGGCCCAAGAGCGAGGCUCACACCCCGCGGUGGCAGUGCUGUUAAACGAGACUCGAGGAUUCGCCAAGGACACGGGGAG